AUGCAGAAGGCACCAGAACCGAAGCCAAGAGCCAAAGCGAAAGCCAGCAAGGAGACAGCUUCAACACCCAGCAGUAGCAAGCACGUAGGAUCAACAUCCAGCUCCAGCAAGAAGGAGGACUCAAAGACAGCGUGGGUAUUUUGCAGGUUGUAUGAGCAGAAGACAGCUGCAGUUUGCAAGUCCAUGGUUUCCAAGAGCAUCACGCGAAGGUUUGAGCACAAGCCUUGGGCAGGAGAACAGCACGCAGUAUGUGUUGCCAAAGAGUUUCAAGCUGCUUGUGAAAGUAUGGUUGCCAAGUCGAUGGCCAUCGUCAGCCUAAAGGACCUCAAGCAAUUUUGCGAAGACUACGGUAUCGAACUGCCCAGUGGGGCCUUUUACAAGGGGACCAGCACAAAGAUGGAAGAGAGAUUGCGAAAAGCUUACCAAACGAGCACUGGAGUGGACUCUACACCAUCAGGAACAGCAACUUUGAGCCAUGGGAUAGUCGUGGACAAAGUCACCAACAAGUUCAUGGCGACCUACAAGGUUGGAGAUGGGCUAGGGUCAAUAUCCAAGAUCUUUGAGUCGAGACAAGAUGCCGAGUUUUGGUUUGACAGUUUGGAAUCUCUCAUGCAGAAGGGCCGGCUGAAGGGAAAUUUGGCCGCCCUACGUCAAGCGGAAGCAACAAGGAAAGCCACAGCUGCCGCUAUCAACAAGAUCAUGGAGGAGAACAUCACAUUGAAAAGCGAGACCCGAGAAGCCUACAAGAGAAAAGCAGAAGAAGGUAAGGACCUAUUCAACUCGUUCUUCAAGAAAUCUGGUGAUGAUGCCUCAAAGUCUACCAAAGUGGCCAAAGUACGCUUUUUCAAGACAUCCCUUGACCAGCUGCAAGACCACACCGUGAACACUGAGGUCACUGAAGUUGAAGGAAUGAUUUUGGGAUCAUGGCAUUCAACUCUUGGAUGGCGCCCUACUACAUGCAUUGUGUUUGGGGAUGAGUUCAAGGCGGAGGCCUUUGAUGAGUUCAAAAAGACAUCCGGUUUGCAAAUCCUCGGCCUGAUUUCAUCUGGUAGCACCAUGGAACCUGCAGAACCUACACGGGGAAAACUGGUUGAGGUUGCAUCUCAUUCGGAGUGCAAAACGCCUCUCAUUGUGCAUUUUGUCAAGGGCAAAUUCAAAACCUCUUCUGCAGCCUUUGAGUUCAACCCUAGCACCAAGAAUGUGGAGAAGGUCACAUUGGACUUCAUUUCUCGACGGCUGAAUGGGGAGAGCGUUCAGGUGUUGGGCAUUCGGAAGGUGGAGCAAAAAGCAGCCAUGGCAAGGUCAGCAGAAAAGAUGGGUGAGGCCCUUUGCAACGAAGUCCUGCAAAGAUUGAUAUCUUCUUCAAUAAGCACGGCAGCAACGGAUUUGUUCCAAGAGAUUCAGGACAUGGGCAGCCUUGAACUUCCUCAGGCAACAAAAGUACCACACUGCAUGGAGUUGGCCAUGUUUGCUGAACAAGUUGAACAAAUACUGGGGGACAAGGACACCGAGUUUCCGAUUUGCAGCGUUUCAGAGAUUAAGGCCUUUUCUUCCACAGUAGAUGCACAACCAGUUCCAGAAGCACAACCAGUUCCAGAAGCACAACCAGUUUUCAGCCCGGUUGACAGAUCCAAGGAUGCCGGUCCACAGGACAAGGGGCUACCAACUGACACGCCACAGGGCCAACCAAAGAUUCCGACUGACACCAAAGAGGUCCACCCGAAGACUUCAAACUCCAGUGAGCUCCCUGAGGGCCAACCAAAGAUCCCGACUGACACCAAAGAGGUCCACCCGAAGACUUCAAACUCCAGUGAGCUCCCUGAGGGCCAACCAAAGAUCCCGACUGACACCAAAGAGGUUCACCCGAAGACUUCAAACUCCAGUGAGCUCCCUGAGGGCCAACCAAAGAUCCCCACUGACACCAGCGAGGCCCACCCGAAGAUUGCAGACCAGUGUGACGAGGAGGAUACCAACGACAUGCCAGAAGUUGAAGGACAAUGUGAGGCAUCCAUGGACAAGGAGCCUGUCCCACCCAAGCACAUGCCUGACUUGGAAUUCCUGGCCAAGAUAGAGACCUUGCUAUGUGUAAAUUCCCCAUGGUGCAAGUUGCUAGCCGCUGGUGAGAAAACCUGGGAGUUGAGGACCUACAGAACCCAACAACGACCCUUAUGCAAUUGUUUAGGCUGUUUUUUUUGUUGA